AUGAACAAAGUUUUGAAAUCUCAUAAACACAAUAUCUCCGAUAUAAAUGAACUUCAAGCUACAUUAAAUAGUAAAGCGGACAAGAACCAUGUUCAUUAUAUAAGUUCAGAUGAACAGAUUAUAACGGACUAUCAUGGAUAUUUAACACGAAGUGAUGAAGCGAAGACAAAAAAUGUUAAUGAAAGAAGAUAUAAAUACAUUCGUGCUAAAGGUUAUGACAUAAGCUGUACUGUACAGUAUGAUGUAGCUAAAGCACCAGAAGCAUUUGGUUAUACCGGUGAAAUUUAUGCCUCUACUUUCAAUGUUAACGGUGUACUAGUUGAACCAAGAUUUACUUUGAGAGUUAAGUCAAAAAUAACGUUUGAAGAUGCUAUUAAAAGUAAAGCUGACAAAGAUGAACUCGAAGCAAUGAACAAAGUUUUGAAAUCUCAUAAACACAAUAUCUCCGAUAUAAAUGAACUUCAAGCUACAUUAAAUAGUAAAGCCGACAAAAAUCAUACACAUAAAUCCUUCACUACUGUUAGAGCAGACGACAUAAUAUUGAACUUUGACCUUGGUUCAAGUGCACCUUUAGAGAAUCCGAGUACAAGCGUAAAAGAUACUCUUAACAAUUUAGAUAAGAGUUGCAGGAAUAUCGAAGAUCAUGCCAGAAACUUUGAAGCAUAUGAACUACCAACAAUGUUAGAUAAGAAAGCAGAUAAAACAGAGCUUCAAACAUUAAAGACUCAGAUUCUUGAAACAUUAUAUCCUAUAGGUUCUAUUUAUACGUCAAUGAAUUCAACAAAUCCAGAAACAGUUUUAGGUUUUGGUACUUGGGAACAGAUUGUAGACAAAUUCUUAUACUGUGCUAACUCUUCAAAGCAAACAGGGGGUUCGAAGAAAAUUACUGAAGCAAACUUACCUGCGCACACUCAUACAGGAACUACAAACUUUUCUGGCGACCAUAGCCACUCAUUAAGAGACCACCCAUUAUACAACUCAGAAUAUAAAUCUGGCAAUGACGUUUUAUCUCCAUCUUAUAACAAUUCAGCAAAAAAGACUUUUCGACAAACUGAACCAGGAGGAAAUCAUGUCCAUACUUUCACAACAAAUCCAACAGGCUCGGGUGCAGAUUAUAUGCCACCAUUUAUGACUGUAUUCGCAUGGUAUAGAGUUCAAUGA